ACCUGGCUCCGCCCGCCCUCGGCGAGCCGGGCAGGGCGGCGGCCUCUGCGGCCCCGGCGCUGCGGAACCGGCGGAUCUAGGAGCAGACCGCGAGUGUAGACGCGGGGGCGGAGCUCGGGCGCGCGGACCAGCUGCGGGGCCGCGCAGGGAGAGGACGUGAGCGCUGGCCGCGGCCUGCGAGCACCAUGCAGAAGGGCAUCCGGCUCAACGACGGCCACGUCGCUUCCCUGGGGCUGCUGGCGCGCAAGGACGGCACGCGCAAGGGCUACCUGAGCAAACGGAGCGCCGACAACACGAAAUGGCAGACCAAGUGGUUCGCGCUGCUUCAGAACCUGCUCUUCUACUUCGAGAGCGACUCGAGCUCACGGCCCUCGGGGCUGUACCUGCUGGAGGGCUGCGUGUGCGACCGCGCGCCCUCACCCAAGCCGGCACCCUCGGCCAAAGAGCCGCUGGAGAAGCAGCAUUACUUCACGGUGAACUUCACCCAUGAAAACCAGAAGGCCUUGGAGCUGAGGACAGAGGAUGCAAAGGACUGUGAUGAGUGGGUGGCAGCCAUCGCCCAUGCCAGCUACCGCACACUGGCCACCGAGCAUGAGGCACUGAUGCAGAAGUACCUGCACCUCCUGCAGAUCGUGGAGACUGAGAAGACAGUGGCCAAGCAGCUGCGGCAGCAGAUCGAGGAUGGGGAGAUCGAAAUUGAGCGGCUGAAGGCAGAGAUUGCUUCCCUACUGAAGGACAAUGAACGCAUCCAGUCCAGCCAGACUGUCACCCCCAAUGAUGAUGACAGUGACAUCAAGAAGAUUAAAAAGGUGCAGAGCUUCCUGCGAGGCUGGCUAUGCCGGCGGAAGUGGAAGACCAUCAUCCAGGACUACAUCCGCUCACCCCAUGCAGACAGCAUGCGCAAGAGAAACCAGGUGGUUUUCAGCAUGCUGGAGGCCGAGGCUGAGUACGUGCAGCAGCUGCACAUCCUCGUCAACAACUUCCUGCGCCCACUGCGCAUGGCGGCCAGUUCCAAGAAGCCACCCAUCACACAUGAUGAUGUCAGCAGCAUCUUCCUGAACAGUGAAACCAUCAUGUUUCUGCACCAGAUCUUCUAUCAGGGCCUGAAGGCCCGCAUCUCCAGCUGGCCCACACUGGUCCUGGCGGACCUGUUCGACAUCCUGCUGCCCAUGCUCAACAUCUACCAGGAGUUUGUGCGGAACCACCAGUACAGCCUGCAGAUCCUGGCCCACUGCAAGCAGAACCGUGACUUCGACAAGCUGCUGAAGCACUAUGAGGCCAAGCCCGACUGUGAAGAGAGGACACUGGAGACCUUCCUCACCUACCCCAUGUUCCAGAUCCCCAGAUACAUCCUGACACUGCAUGAGCUCCUGGCCCACACUCCCCACGAGCACGUGGAACGCAACAGCCUGGACUAUGCCAAGUCUAAACUGGAGGAGCUGUCCAGAAUAAUGCACGACGAAGUCAGUGAGACUGAGAACAUCCGGAAGAACCUGGCCAUCGAGCGCAUGAUCAUUGAGGGCUGUGAGAUCCUUCUGGACACCAGCCAGACCUUCGUGAGACAAGGUUCCCUCAUCCAGGUGCCCAUGUCUGAAAAGGGCAAGAUCACCAGGGGGCGCCUGGGCUCACUGUCCCUGAAGAAAGAGGGUGAGCGGCAGUGCUUCCUGUUCUCCAAGCACCUCAUCAUCUGCACCAGAGGCUCUGGCGGGAAGCUGCACCUGACCAAGAAUGGAGUCAUCUCUCUCAUCGACUGCACAUUGCUAGAGGACCCGGAAAGUGCGGAAGAGGAAGCCAAAGGAUCUGGACAAGACAUAGACCACUUGGAUUUUAAGAUUGGGGUGGAGCCCAAGGAUUCCCCGCCCUUCACAGUCAUCCUGGUGGCCUCAUCCAGGCAGGAGAAGGCAGCGUGGACGAGUGACAUCAGCCAGUGCGUGGACAAUAUCCGGUGCAACGGGCUCAUGAUGAACGCCUUUGAGGAAAACUCCAAGGUCACCGUGCCACAGAUGAUCAAGUCUGAUGCCUCCCUGUACUGUGAUGACGUUGACAUUCGCUUCAGCAAGACCAUGAACUCCUGCAAAGUGCUGCAGAUCAGGUACGCCAGCGUCGAGAGGCUGCUGGAGCGGCUCACUGACCUCCGCUUCCUGAGCAUCGACUUCCUUAACACCUUCCUGCACUCCUACCGCGUCUUCACCUCUGCCGUCGUGGUCCUGGACAAGCUCAUCGCCAUCUACAGAAGGCCCAUCAGUGCAAUCCCUGCCAGGUCCCUGGAGCUCCUGUUUGCUAGCGGCCAGAACAACAAGCUCCUGUACGGCGAACCCCCCAAGUCUCCUCGAGCCACCCGGAAGUUCUCCUCCCCGCCACCCCUGUCCAUCAGCACGUCCUCACCCAGCCGCCGGCGGAAGCUGUCCCUGAACAUCCCUAUCAUCACAGGCGGCAAGGCCCUGGACCUGGCCGCCCUCAGCUGCAGCUCCAACGGCUAUACCAGCAUGUACUCAGCCAUGUCACCUUUCGGCAAGGCUACACUGGACACCAGCAAGCUCUAUGUGUCCAGCAGCUUCGCCAGUAAGAUCCCGGACGAGGGUGAAACAACCCCAGAGAGACCUGAAGAGCUCUCAGCCCUCAACAAGCAGACCACCGAAGUCUCCGUAAGAGAAGAGUCAGAUAUUGAUCAGAACCAGAGCGAUGAGGGCGAUACUGAGACAUCACCAACCAAAUCUCCAACAACACCAAAAUCAGUCAAAAGCAAAAACUCUUCAGAAUUUCCACUCUUCUCCUACAACAAUGGAGUCGUGAUGACCUCCUGUCGUGAACUGGACAAUAAUCGAAGCGCCCUGUCAGCCACCUCCGCCUUUGCCAUAGCAACCGCGGGUGCCAAUGAGGGCACUCCAAACAAAGAGAAGUACCGGAGGAUGUCCUUGGCCAGCGCAGGUGUGCGGGCAUCUCUGCUCCCUGGUCCUUCCGACGUGGCCCCUCGGUGGGCCUGUGGCGGGCGGGGACCUGCUAGGACCCCUGCAGAGCUCCCUGCUUCAGCCGAUCACUCUUGCUCACGGGACACGGAGCUUCCCACAUCAUUAUUUGGACUUUUGCCCCCUUCAGCUCCUGGAGGCUUCCCCCCUGACCAGAGGAACGGAGACAAGGAAUUUGUCAUCCGAAGAGCGGCCACCAACCGCGUGCUGAACGUGCUCCGCCACUGGGUCUCCAAGCAUGCUCAGGACUUUGAGACCAACAGUGAGCUCAAGUGCAAGGUGAUCAGUUUCUUGGAAGAGGUCAUGCACGACCCUGAGCUCCUGACACAGGAGCGGAAGGCUGCAGCCAACAUCAUCAGGACUCUGACCCAGGAGGACCCAGGCGACAACCAGAUCACGCUGGAGGAGAUCACACAGAUGGCGGAAGGUGUGAAGCCCGAGCCCUUUGAGAACCACUCAGCCCUGGAGAUUGCAGAGCAGCUGACCCUGCUGGACCACCUUGUCUUCAGGAAGAUUCCUUACGAGGAGUUCUUCGGACAGGGCUGGAUGAAGCUGGAGAAGAACGAGAGGACCCCAUACAUCAUGAAGACCACCAAGCACUUCAAUGACAUCAGCAACUUGAUUGCUUCUGAAAUCAUCCGUAAUGAGGACAUCAGUGCACGGGUGAGCGCCAUCGAGAAGUGGGUGGCUGUGGCCGACAUCUGCCGUUGUUUACACAACUACAACGCCGUGCUGGAGAUCACUUCUUCCAUGAACCGCAGCGCAAUCUUCCGCCUCAAAAAGACAUGGCUCAAAGUCUCUAAGCAGACAAAAGCCUUGAUUGAUAAGCUGCAAAAGCUUGUGUCAUCAGAGGGCAGAUUUAAGAAUCUCAGAGAAGCUCUGAAAAACUGUGACCCACCCUGUGUCCCUUACCUGGGGAUGUACCUCACCGAUCUGGCCUUCAUUGAGGAGGGGACCCCGAACUACACGGAGGACGGCCUGGUCAACUUCUCCAAGAUGAGGAUGAUAUCCCACAUUAUCCGAGAGAUUCGCCAGUUCCAACAAACUGCCUACAAAAUCGAGCACCAAGCAAAGGUAACCCAGUAUCUAUUGGACCAGUCUUUUGUGAUGGACGAAGAAAGCCUCUACGAGUCUUCUCUCCGAAUAGAACCCAAACUCCCCACCUGAAGCUGCCAACCAGAUCCAGCCGCUCAUGUGGACACGUGCUAUAUGAUAGUGUACAUAUUUGUUUGUUUCUCUGGAUUUUCCUCUUCACUAUGUGCUUCUCCAAGACUACAGAUCUGUUCUCGUUCUUAGAUUUCCUGUAGACCCGGAAUAUGAAUUUCUGCACCGUCUCAGACUCUGCCCCCUGCAGUGCCUGUUUCUUUGAACAGCUGUCCUCUCAAUCUGUCCUCCAGACCCACAGGGAGGCAGCACCCGUGCCGACAUGAGUCUUCGGCUCCAGUCCUGCUUUGCCCUCCCUACCCAGUGCCCAGGUCGUGACUACCCUGGGCAUCCUCCCAGCAUGUUCCAUGUAGCUGUUAGAAUGGGUGGGUGGGGGGAGGUGGGAGGGGGAAGCCAUACCCUCGAGUCCAAUCAUUGACAGCUCUUCCUGCUGACAGCGAUGCCAGUUUCCAAAGCAGCUUUUUCAGCCAAAAUUGCAGGUCUCCCAGUAAGCUGCCUCCUGGUAAGCUGGCUGGAAGGGAGUCCUCUGCCGAGGCUGCCACCCCAGUACCACGUCGCUCCUUGCUGUACAAUUCAUGCCAGAUCGCAUGAAAAGCAGUCUCCAUAGAGUGGACAGGUCCCAGAACUUCCCGAGGAAAAUGGAGUCACAACACCAAGUCAUGGCAACCUUUGCCAGCUGCUGCCCAGCACUCACUGGAAGUCAGAACAAAAACAUGUCACUUUUCCUCCUCUUUGAGGCACCUGACAGUCACUACAAGCUUACAUUGAGAUGCUCUAAGUAUGUACACCUUGUGAUAAUUAGUACCACACUGUAGAAUUAGGAAAUCAAUAACCAAGUGUUUUUAUUGCAUAUACUGUAGUCCUGUCUAAACGCCUUCUAGCAGGAAUAUAGUACUGUAGUGCUUAUUCUGUGAAUAUUACCAUGUAUUUUUUACAUUGUACAGUAUAGAGAACACAGGUCCACUCAGAAGUGGCAGGCAUGCUCCACUCCGACAGACAACUUUUGCUGUAAGCAAUACCUAGUGGUAUGAGAAUUCUAUUUCAAGUCCUAAAAUAUUUCAACUUACAGCUUGUUUGGAAAAAAGAAAUUUCCACUUUUGUAAACAUAUGUUUCCUGAUUACCUCUUGCUAAUAAAUCUAUUCUAUCUCAGGGUGAGCA